CGCAGGCAGCCCCGGCGGGACCCAUGGAGCCCAACGUCCACGAGCCUCUCCUGCGCCGGGAGCCCGGGGAAGACUACCAGGCCCUGGGCCAGCUCGACGCCCGCCAGCUCGAGAAGGACUACUACCGGACGCUGCCCAACCGGCGCCUCUUCCUCGCCGCCCUCGCGGCCGUGCUGGGCAACUUCAGCUUCGGCUUCGCCCUGGUCUACACCUCGCCCGUCAUCCCGGCCCUGGAGAAGUCCCGACGACGCGGCUUGCAGCUCACCGGCGACGUCGAGUCCUGGUUCGGG